AUGCGCUGGACAGGCCCAGCCUCUCCUCUCGGGGGGAUUGUCGUGGGCGCGGCCGUCGAGCGGAAGACAUUGACCCUCUGUGAACGAGCGCGCGGCAGCUGGCUUCAGUUCAACCAUGACUCAGUUCCCAAAUAUGGCCUCCUAAAAGUGGUCGUUUACUGGAGGAGUUCCACAAAAAUGCGUGAGGUGAUUUCCAUUCACAUCGGCCAGGCUGGAGUGCAAAUCGGAAACGCUUGCUGGGAGCUGUACUGCCUUGAACAUGGAAUCCAGCCUGAUGGCCAGAUGCCGUCCGAUAAAUCGCUCGGAGGUUGUGAUGACUCGUUCUCGACGUUCUUCUCCGAGACCGGCAGUGGUCGCCAUGUCCCACGUGCGGUGAUGAUCGACCUCGAACCCACCGUAAUCGGUCAGUUUUCGGUCAGAUAUUAUUAG